GAGGAUGACCUUCGCUUUCGUAUAUCAUAUCUGCAUAUUUAUAAUAGAUAAUUUAUAGAAUCACCGCCCAUGCGGAUUUCUGCUCUCGCUCAGUAUCCUUUUGCGGAAAUACAGACCGGCCAAUCAGCCGGUAGACCUUCGAACGUUUUGGGGAUAUCCGAUGACUCGUCUCCCGGUUCCUUCGUUCCGGCACGGUCGUAACCGGUCCUCUCACGGGACGAACGAGUGACCAGGUAAUUUAUAAGUAAAACCGGCGAUUGCCGACGCGGCCAAGGUGUCAAGGUAGGGAGUUCGCUCCCGGAGCGGAGUGAAUGCCUUUCCCAGCUGGUUCGUCCCGACAUCUCAGUGCUCCAGGUGUCUCACCGACCGAUGGGACUCGUUGUCUUCUCGCGCGCGGUCGCGAUCAAGAAGGGAGAAGAAUCAUGAUCAGAUUCGCGAUCCUCCUUGUCCUCGUGAUCGAUCUGGCGAACGGCCAGCUCAACUACGAGGGAAAUCCGUUCACGGAGUAUACCGAGUACAUCGCCGAGGAGAGCAAUCUUUCCGAGAAGUUGCCAGAGAAGUCUGCCAGAAGAAAUGACGCCUCGGUCGAUCUCCCCGAUUCCGGGCUAUCGUCCCGUCCUCAGAAAUUAUAUCCGAUCGUGGAAUCCGAAAGCGAGCCCGACGGGCAUUCGCAGCAAGAAACCGCGGAGACCGAUAAUCUCCUCAAAUCGCAGAUUUUAUCUUCGGUCCAGACGCCGAUCUUCCGAUCGGACGCCGUAGACACGUCCGCUCGGCAGUUCCAGGACUCUUCCGAUCGGAACGCGCCGAUCAGCCAAGCGGAGGUGGCGUUAAACUCAUUCCUGAACUCCAGGACACCCGAGGAGUCUCGCACGUCUCUCGAACACUACCUCCGCAGCCAACAGUCGCCGGAGGAUCAAUCGCGACCCUCAAAUGCGAUCGUCAGCCAGGAAUCGUCAAAGCCGAUCGAGCCUCUCGAGUUUCAACGACAAGCGAUCUCUCAUGUCGAACAACAGCAACCGAUCUCCCAUGUCCAGCAGCAAUCGUUGCUGGUUCCUCAGGUGAAUCAUCAGCAGCAGGUGCAGCUGACGUCGCAGGUGGACCAGGUUCAGCUGGUGCCGCAGGUGAUGCCGCAGGCCGAUCAACGACAACAACUGUUGCUACCGCCUGCCAGCCAAGCUUACGGCUACGUGAGGCAGCCGGCCGCGAUACAGCCGGCCGUGAUCAGGACACCCACGGGUGUCGUUUUAGGACAGAAAUUGCUCCAACCGGUACCGCUCAUACCCGCUUUCCAGGCCCGGAACGAUAUGAUAACACCGGCCAUGUGGCGAGAGAGAAUGAGGAGGAUACGCGGGAAGCCGUUCCCCUUCGCGCAGCCCAGGGUAGCGGCAUUGUACCAAGGACCAAUCGCAGUUCCCUUCAAGGCCAAGACUCCAGUGGAAGUGAUUUACACGAAGCCACCGGGUCUCCAUCGAGGACCGCCCAUCAUCAGCAAUCCACCGGUUCCCUACGAGGACGCGAGUGCCUGGUUCCCCGACACCGAGUACCCGCCCUCCCAUAAAGAUGUCUAUUAUUCGCAACUAUACGCGCAGUCCUACGAUCCUCAUUAUUACAACUACAUCGCCGCGACCGGUAAGAUCCGCCCAUAUCUAUACGGGAAGUUAGGCAAGCAUCAGGAGGAGCAGGACGACGGCAUCUGGUCGGAGCUGUUUCGCGGCUUUAAAAAACACGGCCUGAGGAACAUCAUGACGCCGACCUUCCUGCUGGGCAUGACGCUACCUGUGGUAACCCUGAUGCUAUCCGCUCUCGUGCAGAAGCGGUCCAUCGCGCGCUCCGACGACGCGAGGGAACUGGAGCAGGAGGACGCUCUGCAGGAAUACCUCGAGAGGCUGCAGAGAGCGUUGGAGUGUUACGCCGGCAAGAAUUCCCGAGACACGAAGCUGAACGCUGGAUGCUAGAAUUCGGGAUGUAUCCAACAACAAUGCUACAUGAACGACUCGGGUAUGACGCACGAAGACGCCCGGUCGGCGGUUAAUUGCGCUAAUUACUCGAGCGACUAGAAGACGUGAACGUCAACUUGAAUGUUACUUUAAUACCCUUUUCAACCUUGAAAUAUCGAUCGGGUUUUCUUUCCUCGCGCGUCGUCCUGAACUUUCAUUUCACUCGACAGCACACUCAGACGUGAUCGUUCGAUUCGUUUAUCUAACGCGACGUGACGUUUAUUUCGAAGUUGAGAUUUCGGACCGACGCGUUUUGCGAUAGACGCGUGGCGAAAUCUUUGUACUUAAAUAGUGAUAAAGACGCUAUUCUUCAAAACGGCGUGUGUGCUUUGUAGACGUGUAGCUUCAUUUAAGCGGAGACAGACCUGUUGAUCUGUUGAUCGAGUUGUAGUUGCAAUCUGUUAUUUUCUAACAUUAUAUAUCGUAUUUCGCACAGAUUCUUAGAAAAAUUUUUGCGAUCGCGACAUAUAUUACCAUAUAUAAAUGAAAAUCAAGAAUAUCGAGUAUUUCGCAUAAAUAUAAGUAGAUGUAAAUUACGGGGAAUUACUUCCUUUCAAAGGAGCGACACGUUUCGAUUAAAAAAAAUAAUUAAAUAGAUAACGAUACAUUUUCACAUUCAAACGGAAAACAUAAAAGUGAAUCGUGAACAUUUUAAUUUACGUGCAAUUACGGAUGAUCGUUUCCGGCGAAUCACGGAAAAAUACGGGCGAAAAACCGGCAUUCUGCACGCGCGGCUGUGCGCGAUCAUUAUAACACAGGUCUAAUGACACGCAAACGUUCCCAUGAUGUGUCAUUAGUGUGUUAUACAAGACCGACGUCUGUUCUCCCUUUAUUUCGAGUCAUUAGUUGCUGU